AUUCUAAUAUUCCGGUGGCCAGUGUCGAACGUUUAAAGUUUUUUAUUUUUGUUCAAUUAUUAAUUUCUCUCUCCUCCGGUCAUCCCCUCUCAUUAAAUUCGCGCCGACUGGCCGACUGUAAAUCAAUUAAAUUCAGUGGGGAUAUCGCGAACGGCGGCUCGCGCGCUAUAAUAAAUCAUUUAAAAAUUAAUACGCACUCUUCGAAUUUCCUACAGCCGUGACAGACACACACUGUGAGCAGUUGUGAAUAUAAGUGCCGCAGUGACAUGUUCAAGAAAGACCUUUAAAUCUCUCAUACAAUACUUAGAGCAAUUGAGCACGCACAAACAUAUACACAAACGCCAUCAUGAGUGAUUCCGUGCCUUUACCGCCUCUGGUCAAGUUCUUCAACGGCGGACUAUCCGCGACUGUGGCCACCGUCAUAGUGCAUCCGUUGGACGUGCUGAAGAACCGCAUGCAGAUGGCCGGACGCGACGUCACUGCCACUGAAGCGCAAAAGUCCAUGGGCGGCAUCGUUCGUUCCAUGAUCAAGGAGAAGGGUGUUACGGCGUUUUAUCCCGGACUGUCCGCCGGCAUCCUGAGACAAGCCACGUAUUCGACCACGCGAUUGGGCAUGUACAACUCGUUGUUCACAAUUAUGACUGGGGAAGACAACAAACCGCCUAAUCUGUUGGUGAAACUGGGCUUGGCCCUGGUGUCUGGUGUGACUGGUGCUGCUGUCGGUACCCCGGCUGAAGUAGCACUCAUACGAAUGACAUCUGAUGGACAAUUACCAUUGUCGGAAAGACGUGGUUACACUAGUGUUUUCAAUGCAUUAGCCAGGAUUGCUAAGGAAGAAGGUAUUGCUACAUGGUGGAGAGGAUGCAUUGCCACAAUGGGAAGGGCAGCUGUUGUCAAUAUGGCUCAACUUGCAUCAUAUUCUCAAUCAAAAGAAAUUUACCUCAAGAGUGGUUAUUUCAAAGAUAAUAUUGUAUUGCACUUUGCUUCAUCAAUGACUUCUGGUGCCAUUACAACUGUAGCCUCACUGCCUGUAGAUAUUGCCAAAACUAGAAUCCAAAGCAUGAAAAUUAUUGAUGGAGUACCGGAAUAUACUGGCACAAUAAAUGCUAUGGUGAAAGUAGUGAAGAAUGAAGGUUUCUUCAAUUUGUGGAAAGGCAUCGUGCCAUAUUUUGCAAGAAUUGGACCUCAUACUGUAUUAACAUUUAUAGCUUUAGAAAAGUUCAAUGAAGCAUAUAAAGUUGCUGUGUUUGACAGACAGUCAAAAAAAUAAAUAUUAGAAUAGUUAUUAACUAAAUAAUUUAUUCAUACAUUCUUACAAUUUAUACUUUAUUUUUGUUUAGUUUUAUUUUAUGUUAAAUAUUCUGUUUUUUUUUUUACGUUUAUCCUUGUUAAAAUUGAAUUGUUUUUUCCAUGUAAUUUAAUUUAUUGUCUUACAGAAAUUAAAAAAAAAUAUUUAUAUAAUAUAUUAAGACUGUAAUAGAAUAUAUUAUGUAAUAAGAAAAAUUAGGAAUGAGUAAAUACAUAGUAUAGACUAUUGAUUGAAUAUGAUACAAUAUUUUAUGAAUCUUAAUUGGCUGAAGCAAUUUUUUCUAAAUGCCGAACUGCGUCCUUUAACUUAAAUACUAAUUCUUGAAGUUCCUGUGUAUUACAGACAAAAUCAAUGUAUUUGAUCGUGCCAUUGUCUAUUGUCUUCAGCCGCACAUUGUAUAAGAAUUCAGAUACGUCAUCAAAAACACUAGACUAAAAACAGAUACAUUUAUUGUUAUUGUAAUAAUUAGUAAACAAAUAAUGUUAUAGUUUAUAAGCACAUCACAUUAUUUAUCGAGUUAUAUGUAUAUAGUUAGAUAAUAUAAUUUAAAGUUGACUGGCGCACAAUGUGCAUUGUUCAUUAAUCAAAAAAAUAAUAUAUACUAUUUAAGCGGCAAAUGAUAUGUAACGCGACAAUAAUUUUAAAAUAGAUUAAAAUUUUACAGUUAAAAUUGUUAUUGCUUAUUGGUAAUAAAAAAUUAUAAAUAUGA